AUGAACAACGCAAACCACGACAACCGCGAGUACAUCAAUCUCGAUCCCCUGCACGAGGACGACGACGACAAUGACCGCAGUCCCAUCGAGCUGCGCAUCAUGACCACGGUGCAAGUCGAGGGCGACAACAACGCCAUAUUACUGACGGCCUCACCAGCAGAGCACGCCAGGGCCAUCGCCGAAGCCGUCACUGCUACGAUCCGCCAGGCUGGGGGCGUGGAUGGUGGCAUACCAAUGAUUGACGAGGAAGGCAGGCCGAGGCCCUUCAAGAUCUACGUCGCGGCGGGUAUGAACAUUGAGGGCUCUGGGAACGUUCUGGGCAACGCAGACCACGUCCUGCUGUUUCUGAGCAGGAAGCGCAAGCGGGAUGACAACGGCGGGAACGAAGACGGAGACGGGGACGGGGCGGUCGCUGACAAGGGAGGCGACGGUGCUGCUGCUCCUCCUCCGCCGAGACGCCCGCGGAGGUCCAGCUUCUGA